AUGUUUUUGAAUUUGUCCACAUUACAGGUCGAUCGGAACAGCAGCAAGAAGGAUAAUCAAGAGCGCCCUUCAAUUGUCAAUACUCCGUGUCCUCAGAUUGCGGGCGUGGAUCCAUUCAACACGUUCCCGGUUAUUAUCGAGCCAUAUAUGCAUGAUCUUCUGAAAUACUAUGUUACCGUUGGAUGGAGGAGAUACUACUCGAUUGAGAAAUAUACCACCUUAAACCCCAUGACAGACUACUGGCUACCGAUGGCCAUGGUUGAUGAUGCCUUUUUCCACAUUAUCCUUGGCUGUGCGAACUCACAUUUCUCACCUGACGAACCGGAUAAGCCAGAUCAUAACUACCUGGUCACUAUCAAACACCUGAAUGCUGCUAUCGCAAUUGUGAAUAAGCGCAUCCAGAAUGACAAGGUUCCCACUGCUGCCACUCUCGUUACUAUCUCAACAAUAGCUAUGAUAGAGAAGAACAGGGGAUCACAUGAGAACUGGAAAAUUCAUAUGCAGGGUCUUCACAAGCUAGUCACCCUUCGCGGUGGCUUGGAUGCACUUGAGGCACAGCCCCUCGCAAUAGGAAAAAUAUACCGGUAUGAGUUAGACUAUUUCAACUUCAUUCUACCCAAUCUUCCGUCUCGGACUAAUUUUCCUAUCUAA